CUAUUAUUGUGUACAGGUUGCCCUGGACCUGGAAGUGCAGCAAACUCCUAAUGAAGUUCAUACAUGCUGGAUUAAAUACCAUAGCUAUGAUUCUUGCAAUUGUUUCUAUGGUAGCCGUGUUUGAAUUCCACAAUGCCAGGAACAUUCCUAACAUGUACAGCCUGCACAGCUGGAUUGGGCUGACUGCUGUUAUAUUUUAUUCUCUCCAGCUUUUUUUGGGUUUCGCUGUCUUUCUGCUCCCGUUUGCUCCAGUUACCCUCCGAGCAGCUCUCAUGCCAAUACAUGUUUAUUCGGGUCUUACCAUCUUUGCAACAGUGAUUGCAACUGCUCUCAUGGGAAUCACAGAAAAGCUUAUCUUUUCAUUGAAGAAUCCUGCAUAUAGUGCAUCCCCACCAGAGGCAACUUUUGUCAACUGUCUUGGUCUUUUGCUUGUCAUAUAUGGUGCACUUAUUUUGUGGAUGGCAAGUAGGCCCCACUGGAAGCGCCCCCCAGAAGAGAAUGUUAAAGUUCUGCGGCCCGUUGGAGGGACUCCUGAAGGCACAGAAGCGGAAUCCACAAUGACAGAUGGUAGUAAUGCAGAUAAAUCUGAUCUGAGGGUCACUAGUGAAGCAGCAAGAAAACAAAACCUCAAAUUUGAUGAAGCAGGCCAACGAUCAACUAUGUAAACAAAAUACACAGAAUAACAGUACUAUUAUACUGCCAACUCCUCUUUUCCUUCCAAUUUAGUUAUACUGAUAUACACGUAGGUUGGGGGUUUAUUUUCAGUAUGGCUUGCUUAAAGA